AAAGCUGCAGGGCGCAUCAACUACCACGUAAUCGCCUUGCAGGAAACAAAGCUCAGGAAGACGGACGUGAGGCAGCUGAGUGAUGGCACGCUCAUCAUUCGUGGUGAAAAGGCUCCAUCAUUGAAUGUUGGAGGCGUUGGAUUUGUCGUACACCCAUCUGUUGCCCAUCUUGUCGAUUCGCAUGAGAUCCUCUCACCUCGCCUGGCUAUCCUUCAACUCCGUCCUCUACAUCAGAAAGCCACCAUGAUCAUCAACUGCUAUUCUCCAACAUUAGCAGCUGAUGGUUCGGAACUUGAUGCUUUUUAUGAGAAUUCGGAAGAAGUCACCCGCGAAAAACUCCCAUUAUAA